AUGCCGUACUCAACAAACACAACGCCAAAGCUGGCCAAACAGGUGCCCGCCGGCCAGCUACUCUCCGGUUUUGAUAUUUGCGAUGAAGAGACCAGGAAUUUCCUCUCCUCCCUCAUCGACUCGCGUCAGGCGCCGCAGGCAGAAGUGGACGACCUGCUGAAGCUCAGUCUGAUGCGCGGCGUUGAGGAAUGGGAUAUGCUAUUUGAGCGCGCCAGGUCUCUCCAGAACAAGCACAGAGCGUCAAUACAGGACGACAGCGGCAGUUACGGGUCGCGUAGGGGAGGUAAAUCCGGCUUGAGUUUGAAGAGGAGGAGAGGAACUGGUAAACAAGUGUCGCACUUUUGGGGUGAGCCCGGGGAGACGAGCGAGAAGACUCGGUCGAGGAAACAGGCUGCAGAUGCUCCUUUCACUACUGGUACUGCUCAUAGGCGGGAUCUCAGUCAGGAUGCCGCACCGCCCGGAGUCGCAGAGACAUUUGAGAGCAAAACUGAACCAUCCUUGGACCCGUACCUGGACGAAAAUCGAAGCUACUCCCCGGCGGCCAGGCCGGCGCUGUCCAACGGGACUUGCUGCUCCAACAGUCCUCUCCUCAGCCGAGAGACAACCCGGCCAGUCAAGGCACGAGGAACCUCCAAAUCGCCCUUCUUCAACAGCAGCAGCGCAUUAACCCCGUCUCGGGAAAAACUACCACAACUCCCCGUUCCCGCAACAACAACACCACCACCGUUAUUACAACCAACCAAGAAAAAACCCCGCCCCCAAGGGUGUACAGUCUCCCGCCUGCCCUUCCCCCCGCUUUCCGCCCCAAACUUCGGCCUAAUCCAGGAAGAACUCUGGGACAAGCCCUUCCAGCUUCUCAUCGCCGUGACAUUGCUGAUCAGGACCUCGGGAAAGGCCGCGAUUCCCGUGUUUCGGCAGCUGGUUGAGCGGUUCCCCACCCCUGAAUCUCUGGUCGAUGACGACAGUAAUAACAACGCUAGCGAAGAGCUUGUGAGCCUGCUCCGCCCGCUUGGCUUGGGAGUCAACCGCACGGCUGCUAUUCAACGGUAUGCACGUACUUGGAUUGCUAGGCCGCCUAGUAGGUUUGUUAGGUAUGUGGUGAGGAAUUAUCCUAGGCAGGGGGAUGGGAGGAGGUUUAGGGAGGAGGAGGAGUUUGGGGCGGAGGAUUUGGAACGGCAAUUUGAUGGGAGUGAUGCUGGUGAUGAUGACGGUAUGAAGAAAGAGGAAGUACUUGAUGCCGUGGCGGAUGCGCGUGCCAGAGCGCUCGGCUGUGCCUGGGAGAUUGGACACCUCACGCGCGGGCCCUACGCGCUCGACUCGUGGCGCAUCUUUUGCCGGGACGUGCUACUUGGCCGCGCGGAGCACUGGACGGGUUGGGACGGCAAGGGCAAUUGUCGGCCUGGGUUUCAGCCUGAGUGGAUGCGGGUGUUGCCUAGGGACAAGGAGCUGAGGGCGUUAUUGCGCUGGAUGUGGAUGCGCGAAGGUUGGGAAUGGGACCCUCGGACAGGCGAGCGUGAACCACUCCGUGACGAUAUGCGGAUGGCCGUGGAGAUGGGACGGGUUGGCUAUGACGACUUGGGGAACCUGGUGAUUCUUGAUGAGGAGACAGAAGGUGUUGAAUAGUCCUUGCUGUCUGCUAAAUUUAAACAAAGCAGCCAUUUCCUCAGGACUACUGGAGAAGCCAGGAGAGCUGACUUGUGUUAUGGUCAGGCUCUCUUCUGAUUCUCGGAGGGGCUAUUCUCGCGGUCACUUCCGUGUGCUAUUUCCCUGGACAUCUUAUGUGACACCGGUAAAGUCCUGACGAAUACGCAGUAACGAGUGUUUUGGAUCACC